AUGUCCCCUUCAAAUGAAUUUAUGCAGACGGUGGUUCGUUUGUCAGAGGAUAAAAAGAUGCACUUUCAUUUUAAAAUGAAUACACUCGAGGUCCUCAGCAGACAAGAACAAGCAAAAGCCGAAUAUGGACGGAGGCUCAGGGGCCUAAACAAACACCGACCCGUGGCCCACCCUCGGGGUCGGCCAAAACCCUGCGGCUUAGACCAAGUUUCCACCUUCCGAGAGGUUCCGGGGAAGCCCUGGGCAGCGCCGGGGAGGGCAGGGCCGGUCCCCGGCGGUCCCCAGCCGCUGCCCCUCCGCACGGCCGUCAGCCGCCGCGGAGACCCGGCCGUAGCUCCAGCGAAGCCCGGUGCUUCCCCUCCCCGCUACUUUUACUUCCCAAAAAGCAAACGACUCCCUGCGGCUCGGCCGAAGGGAGCCACCGGAGGGCUGCCCGUGAGGGGACCCACCGACGGCAGCCUGCCCUCGGCCCGGCCCCUUGGGCUGCCGCGUCUCCAGGGGACACCGCCGCUCCCCCGCCGCAGCGACAGCCAUCUCCCCCCCGCCCCGGGAAGGAGACCCGACACCCCGUCUUCCUCUCCUCAAAACCAGCCUCCACGCGUUCAAAACCCCUCCACUAAGCACCCCCUUCGAGCCGCCCGCCGCCAGCGCUUCCCCCUCCCCAUCCCCGCCUCAGGCAAAGCCUCCCCCCGGGCGCGGAGGGCGAAGCAGCCGAGCCCCCUGCCGGCGGCCGCCCGCAUAGCAGCGAGGCGGGGGAGCUCGCCGCCCGCCCGUUCUCCGGCAGAACCACCUGCACCCCCCCGGCACCCACCUCCCCACACCGUUCCCCGGAGCUUUGCUGCCUGCCGCCCGCCCGCACACCGCGACGGCCUUGCUCCCGCAGCCGCCCCCCCGGCCAGGGCUCUCCCCCCUCCGCCUUGCCCCGACGGUGCGGGGUCAGUUCACACACACACACCCCCGCUUCCCUCCUCCGCCUCCCGGUCCAAAACGACGGUAACAAAGGGCUGGAGCCCACCCGGGGGAGGGCACCGGCAGCCCGCCGGUGACACCGGCCGCAGCCAGCCGUGCUGCCAGCAGCCCCCGCCGCUGCGCUGCCCGCGGCGACUGACACCGAGCGCGACCCACCGAGGGCUUAUAUCUUGA